ACUAAUGGAGCUUCAAAUUUCUACCAAACUUUCCUUCAGAACUUACCCACGAAACAAAUUUCUAGUGGUGUCCCUUUUUUUGUUGGAGAACUCUAGAAUGUUAAAAGGUACAACAACUUCUGAUGACUUGUAUGAAAAGGAAAGUCAGUCUCUUAAGGAUAAACAGGCUGCUCAAUAACAUGAGAUGUAGAUUUGAGAAAUGGUUUCUGAAGAGUUGCUGUUCAGUAUUUAUGAUUUUUGAAAAAAAAAAAAAGAAAAUGAAGACAAUGUUUACCAAGUAUUGACAAACACAUGAACAUCACUGAUCCAAUGAAUUAAGAAAAGAUAGAAAUGAGUCAAUAGCAUCUGUGAUAUAAUGCACUUCAAACAAAGUGGAUGCAACUGUUCAUUAAGUUAUCAACAAAGUGGAUGCAACAGUUCAUUAAGUUAUCAACAAAACAGAUACAACUGUUAAGUUAUUAACAAAAUGGACAGGGCUGCUCUUAGAUAAUUGGAGGCCCUAGGCAAAGUGAAUUUGGUGGCCCCAAAUUAAAUAGAAAAAUAAACAGGGUGAAAAUAAAAUAACGCAAGCUAUUUCAAACCUAGUGCCUCCAAACAACAACCAUGGGCACAAGUUUCACUAUUUCUUCUCUACAAAUUUUGUAUUUUGAGUUCUGUGCAAAGCCCCCACCUAGUUUUUUUAUGCCUUAUGCAAGCCCUGAAAAGGAUACAACUGCUCACUAAGUUUGCUUUGAUCAAAUUGUUUUUGCAAAUCAACCUGAGAGUACACACUACUAUAUAAUGAAGACCAAAACAAAGAUAGACUGAUGGAGUAAAAGCAGUAUUUGAAGAAUGUCUUUUGCUCAAAUCUAGCAGCAUCAACCAUUGACACUUCAUAAAAACAAAUAUGUAUGCAAUACUUGAGUUACAUGCUACCACAAGAGAUACACCAGGGUAUAGGCCAGACUGUAGAAAACAUUUGGUGUUAAGAGAUACACCAGGGUAUAGGCCAGACUGUAGAGAACAUUUGGUGUUAAGAGAUACACCAGGGUAUAGGCCAGACUGUAGAGAACAUUUGGUGUUAAGAGAUACACCAGGGUAUAGGCCAGACUGUAGAGAACAUUUGCUGUUAAGAGAUACACCAGGGUAUAGGCCAGACUGUAGAGAACAUUUGGUGUUAAGAGAUACACCAGGGUAUAGGCCAGACUGUAGAGAACAUUUGCUGUUAAGAGAUACACCAGGGUAUAGGCCAGACUGUAGAGAACAUUUGCUGUUAAGAGAUACACCAGGGUAUAGGCCAGACUGUAGAGAACAUUUGGUGUUAAGAGAUACACCAGGGUAUAGGCCAGACUGUAGAGAACAUUUGCUGUUAAGAGAUACACCAGGGUAUAGGCCAGACUGUAGAAAACAUUUGGUGUUAAGAGAUACACCAGGGUAUAGGCCAGACUGUAGAAAACAUUUGCUGUUAAGAGAUACACCAGGGUAUAGGCCAGACUGUAGAAAACAUUUGGUGUUAAGAGAUACACCAGGGUAUAGGCCAGACUGUAGAAAACAUUUGCUGUUAAGAGAUACACCAGGGUAUAGGCCAGACUGUAGAAAACAUUUGCUGUUAAGAGAUACACCAGGGUAUAGGCCAGACUGUAGAAAACAUUUGCUGUUAAGAGAUACACCAGGGUAUAGGCCAGACUGUAGAGAACAUUUGCUGUUAAGAGAUACACCAGGAUAUAGGCCAGACUGUAGAGAACAUUUGGUGUUAAGAGAUACACCAGGAUAUAGGCCAGACUGUAGAAAACAUUUGCUGUUAAGAGAUACACCAGGAUAUAGGCCAGACUGUAGAAAACAUUUGGUGUUAAGAGAUACACCAGGGUAUAGGCCAGACUGUAGAGAACAUUUGAUGUUAAGAGAUACAUUAAUUAUUCACUGCUACCUUUGCAGAGCUUUAAAAUAUCUGUUCUUUAUUUGAUCUCCCUGACUGACUGAAAAAAAGGAGAUUAUUUCCAUGACAAACAAUGCACCAACUUACCUGUUC